UACUAAUCCUUGACGUGUUCAUCACUGGGCGGUGACGUUCUAUAUAAAGUUUAUCUUGAGGUUUCUUACAUUACAUACAAAUAUAUAUUUGAUAAUCCGUCAUCUAGUAAUUUGAAGCUGCUCGUUCUGAUUCUCUCCACCCAGAGGAUUUCAACUAAAAGACCUAAAAGGAUAUAUUUUGAGGAAGAAAUGUUGCAAUCGGAAAGCCUUAGAAACGCAGCUAGAGUACAUAAAGAGGCCGCUAUGGAGUGCUACAAAGCGGGCAGGUUUGGUAGAGCCAAAGAUAAAGCAUACGUCGCUAGUUAUAUCUUUCCCGAGCUUCCUGGUCUUCGCCGUCUCAAUGCCGUUCUUCAGGUGCUGAUCGGGUAUGAUAAGAAAUUCAUCGGUAGUGUUGACUGGUACGCUGUUUUAGGGGCUUACCCAACCGAGGAUGUUCCAACAAUCCAGGAACGUUACAGAAAACUGUUUCUGGACAUGACCAUGGACGAUGGCGAGUCUCUCGAUGGCACAUAUAAAGCAAAGAAGAUAUUGUCUGACUCCUGGAAAUUCUUGUGCAAUGAAAAGGGCAAGAAACUUUAUGACAUGAGGCGCCACGAGCUUCAAUUAAGAGAUCGACAGCUCCCGAGCUCGUUAUUUGUUCCCGUGGUUUUGUCGGCACCUAAACCGAACAUGUCUAAUGAACAGAUGGUACAACCUCCUCCUCCUGCAUUCAGAGUUAGCGGAGGAGAAAGAAAACGAAAGGCGUCUUCAUCAACAACUGUCCCUCAUGUCAACAAGGGAAGAAAAAAACAGUGAAGACCAAUUCUCAAUCCUGUUUUCUUUCUAGACUUGAUAUAAUAAACUACAACGAAGCUGAGUUAGUAUCCGUGUGAUACUGAUUCAGUGACUUUAUCUCUGCCUUUUAUUUCAUUUUCAAAAGUUGAUAGAUGUUCCUAGGAACAUGAUUGUAUCUUGAAGCAAUGUUAUCUUUUAGGAAUGAGACUUUGAUUUUACCAUAUAUCAUUUUGAAA